UGGUUACAGAAGUUCAUUGAAGUGUACAGUGAAGUACUAGAUAAAGAUAGAACCAUGAAGAACCAUCUUUCUGAUCAAGUGAUCCAUAUUUCAAGAAGCUCAGUUGCAUAUUUACUUGGUCAAUCCACCAAAAGUAUAUUGCCCAAUAGCCUUUCGGAUGAAUAUCCCAAAGUUGAACAAGGUGAUCCAGAGUUAUUGAUCAGCAGCAAAUAUAGAUUCAGCGUAAAAUUGGACAAUUUUGCAAAAAGCAUCCGAGAGCAUGUUAGAUUGGCUCCAAAGUUAACAGAGACAGUCAAGGGGAAAUUGAGCCUGGGGAAAAGAAUUCUUCAAGUAGGUGGUGUGGAGAAGGUCUUCAAGCAGCUUUUCAGUGUUACAGACUGUGAGAAAUUGUUGAAGGCUUCUCAGUGCUAUUUAUCAACAACAUCCGGUCCAAUUGCAGGGCUACUUUUUAUUUCUACUGGUAAAGUUGCUUUCUGCAGUGAAAGAUCAAUUAAAAUUUUUUCUCCAACUGGAAAGCAAAUCAGAAUCUACUACAAGGUUUCAAUCCCAUUGAGAAAGAUAAAGAGAGCAAGUACAAGUCAGAAUUUGAAAAAACCAUCACAGAAGUAUAUAGAAGUAGUUACAGAGGAUAGUUUUGAGUUCUGGUUUAUGGGAUUCUUAAAUCAUCAAAAGACCUUAAAGUUCCUUCAGCAAAUGAUGAUAUCUCAAGGCUCAAGCUUAUUAACUGACAAAAGCUAGUGAAGAAUUACCAAGUCUUCUUGAUCCCCUCUCUUGAGAUGUAUACAUUGUAAAUGGUGUUAGGAAGAAAAGAAUUUUUGGGGGAGAUAUCUCUUGUAUUUCACACACUUAACUACAAUGAUAUAUAGCCUAUUUAUAGGUUUA